CUUUCUCUCUCUCUCUCAGUGCGAGAUGGUGGACUCCGACGGGGAGACGACGAGAACCAACGGCGGAGUGGGCGCGGACGGUGGUCUCCCCCGUCCGAUCGAGAUCGAGGUUGGCCCCUCCGCCUCUGAGGGCGAACUUACGCUCUACUCCGUCAUCUGCGACUUCCUCGCCGGCGUCGUCUUGCCACCGCCCGAGGAGUCGCCUCCUGCCGCAUUCCUUCGGCGGCUCAAGUUUUCCUAUUACAAGGCCUCCCCCUGCCUCCGAGAAGCUUCCAGGAACUCCGCCCGGGACCUCCUCUUGUGGACCCGCCGCGGUGGCUCUCCUCGUGCUCUGUUUGUCAUCGCGGUUGGAACAAUCACUCUUCUGGCAUUGACAGGGCUGAUGAUUUGCAUGUUUUUCUUGUUCGCGGCCACAUUAAAUGCUAUCAUUAUCUCCUUUCUAGUAUCAUCUGCAGCUGCUGGAGGCUUUUUAGUUGUCUUCCUUACGUGCUUAACUGCAGUUUAUAUUGGAGCAUUACUAUUUGCAACUUUUGUGAUUUCAACUACAACCAUCUCAGCAAUAGUUGUCGUCUUGAUAGCUUCUGGAUGGAUCGGAUUCAUCUGGAUUGUUUGGCUUGCUGUUAAGAAAAGCGUGGACCUCACCAGGCAAUCAGUGAGCAUCACGAGCACUGCAAUAUCAGCAUAUUCAACUGUUUGGCAAGCAAGACAGAACGUAUCAUCCAAGUCUGCCGAUUGAACCCAAUGAUUGACCUUGUCGUCAUUCAUAUCCUGCAAAUCAUUUUCCUUGGGCAUUUUCUUAUGGAUUUUAGACGUGUGCAUAUCUUGUAUCUUACUAUGAUGUUCAACUAUCCAUCUUAACUUUAUAUUCAUGUUGUGAACUUUUGCAAGGUUCCAGUAAGAUUAUUUCUUUGCUUAUAUUUAA